UUAUAUCAAGCAAAUUGUAAGACUACUAUAACAACAAUGAUUUUAUGUGUUGGACAGUCAGCUUCGGGAAAGUCAUUACUUUUAAAACGCUUACAAAAUAUUGAAUUUCAAGCGACAAACUAUUUGGAUAUUCCGUCAACGGUUCCAACUGUGGGAACUAAUAUUGGUUUUAUUAAAACUAAGUCCAAAACAAUUACCAUUGAAGAAGUAGGCGGUUCUAUGGCUGAAAUAUGGCAUCAAUACUAUAGUGAUAGUCAAACCAUUGUCUUUGUAGUCGAUUCUACUAAUAUGUCCACAAUUGGUGACUCCUGUGUCUUAUUGUGUCAGAUGUUGUCCGAUACCAAUGUUAUCAAUACUAAACAUAUAUUAGUUAUUCUCAACAAAUGUGAUAAAUGUUGUAAUCAAAGAAAAGAUGAAAUUAUGUAUCUAUUAAUGAUUGAUAACUUGAUUCAAUCACUACCUAACCAACAAAUCACUGUUUAUGAGACCAGUUGUCUUACGGGAAAGGGAUUACAAUUAGUUUAUGAUUGGAUACUACGCUAUAAUUAAUCGAUUAAAUGAUUACUAUUUUUAUUAUUACAAUUCACAUAAUACUGUAU